AUGGAUGUUCUACCCAUGUGCAGCAUUUUCCAGGAGCUUCAGAUUGUGCACGACACUGGCUACUUCUCCGCUUUACCAUCCCUGGAGGAAUAUUGGCAACAGACGUGCUUGGAACUUGAACGCUACCUACAAAAUGAACCUUGCUAUGUUUCGGCCUCUGAGUUUAAGUUCGAUCGGGAAGAGGAUCUUUGGACCAAAUUUAUCCUGGCAUGUGAAAAAAAAGAGGACCCGGACCCCCAGAUUCACUGCAUCAAAACCGAGGACAUCUCUGACAGCCAGAACUUAGAGACAACUAGCCUGAACUCUGACAUCAGUAGCGACUUGUCGGACAGCUCUGAAGAACUUUCCCCGACUACCAAAUUUACCUCAGAUCCGAUCUGCGACGUGGUGAUUAAAACUGAACCGUUUAGCUCUUCGGUCACCUCCACCCCUCCUUCGUCCCCUGAGCAAGGCAAGGAGUCCCCCACUCAUUUGUGGAAUGCUAUCACCGGAGAGCCCCAUUCCCCUGGGAAAGUGCGCUCUGGGUGCUUUGGAAAGACUCUUGAACAGGGUAGUCCAAUCAGCGGAGAGACCACGCCGGACGGCAAGAAACGCAUCCACAAGUGUACUUUUAAUGGCUGCAAGAAAGUUUACACCAAGAGCUCGCAUCUGAAAGCACAUCAGCGUACCCAUACAGGAGAGAAGCCUUACAGAUGUUCAUGGGAGGGCUGUACGUGGCGCUUUGCACGAAGUGACGAACUGACCAGACACUUCCGAAAACACACCGGUGCUAAGCCAUUUAAGUGCACACAUUGUGACAGAUGUUUCUCCAGAUCAGACCAUCUGGCUCUGCACAUGAAGCGACACAUAUGAAUGAAUGAAUGCAGAAGUCACGUGAUUUAGAGCGACUUCAAGGUUCAAUUGCCUUGUGCGAGGGAUGCGAGUUCCAGCCAAAGCAUGCCAGUUUGCACCCUAACCAGUUGCCUUCAAGACCUCACUUUCUCCAAGAGGCUUUGCAGGGCUUAUCAAUCGUGUGAGAUGCGGCAGAGCCACCAUACAGUGCUACUUCUGGAGCUGACUGGGCCUGUGCACCAUUGGUGCUUUAUCUUCUGAGUGGCUUGUCUAAGCCGUUGCCGUGAGCAUGUGCACUGAGAAUGUUAAUGACUGGGUGACUGAAUGGUGACCAGGAGCCAAUGUCUGAAUGAGGAAGAUCUUUUUUGUUUUUUUUGUUAUGGUUGAGUUCCGUUGUGAGGGAUUAGCAAAAAAAAA